AUGCCGUCAAAGCCAGCUGUACCGUUCGAAGCUGCACUUGAUAGUGCAACGGCCGAAGGAAAUACCGAAGAAAAUUGGGAUCAAGUAUGUGAUUAUGUCAAAAAUGGUCAACGUAAACCACAAGAAUUACUAGAACAAAUUUUAAAACGGUUACGUCAAACACAAAAGCCUCGUGUACAAAUGCAUACGUUAACAUUAUUGGAUGCUGCUGUUAAGAAUUGUGGUCAAGAAUUUCGACAUCAGUUAACAUCACGUGAUUUUAUGAAUAAUUUGAAACAAGUAAUUGAAAAUUCUAAAACUGAGUCAAUAAUAAGAAAUAGAUUAGGUUGUCUAUUGAAACAAUGGUGUGAUGAUUCAGAAUUUAAAAAACCUGAAUAUGAUAUGUUGCCAUCAUUAUACAAGGAGCUGACACAACAAAAAAAUUAUACAUUUUAUGAUGAUUCAUCAAUGGGUGCAACUAGUAAUUCAGCAGGGAUCUCACAAACAUCAACAAAUCGAAAUAAUGAUCAAUUAUUAGCCAAAAAAGAAGAAGACGAUUUUGCUAAAGCAAUUGCAUUAUCAAUCCAAGAAACAACACAGCAAAAAUCAAAACAACAACAAGUACAAAAUUCAAUUUAUCCAACCGUUCAAUCGACAACCACUGGAGGAUCUGAUAAAAAAGUGAAAGCACUAUACGAUUUUGAAGCAGCUGAAGAUAAUGAAGUGACAUUUAAAGCUGGUGAUAUAUUAACAAUUACGGAUGAUAGUGAUCAACAUUGGUGGAAAGGAAUUAACAAUGGUGUUGAGGGUUUAUUCCCGGCCAAUUUUGUUACCAAAAAUUUAAAUCAAGUUAUUGAAACAAUACCAAUAGCAAAAAUAUCUGAUGAUUUUCAAAAACAACAGCACGUUGAUCAGCAACGCGUUGUUGAGAUGUCAAAAGAACAGGUCGUUAUUGAUGAAAGAUUAAUUGAUCGUUGUUUAAACAUGUUACAAAAUGCAGAUCCAACUGGUGAAUUUGAGGCUGAUACCCAAGAAAUUUUGAUGCUUGAAGAUCAGUGUUAUGCCAUGGGACCGUUGAUUGAUCAUGAAUUAGAAAAAGUUGAUAGAAAACACGUUCAAUUAGAAGAUUUGAAUAAAAAUCUUCGUGAGGCAAUGGAUUUAUAUCAUCGUUUAAUGGAAGAAGGCCGUAUUCGAGCUGUACAAGCAAAAACGACGGCCGCUGCCGCUCUCGCUGCUACAAUGUAUUCUCAACCUCCAUCACAGCAGCAGCAAUAUUAUCCUAGCAUGCAACAACAACCUAUUUAUCAACAACCAUAUGCAAUUCCAUCACCACAACACCAACAACAGCAAUAUAUCCCGCAGCAACCAUAUAUUCAGCAACAGCAAGUUCUACCCUCGCAACAGCCAUCUCAUCAACAACUUGGUGGAGUAAUUCAUCAACAAACAUAUUAUGGUGGUACACAAACUGGAAAUGAAAAUCCAACACAAGUUUAG